AUGAGACGCUACGCCGUCCCUGUCACUGAUUCCGAAUCUGAAUAUUCCGAAUCAGACAUCUCCAUGGAGAUUCCCCGACAGAAAACGUCGUACCGAAGACGUUCUAUUUCACGCCAUCGCUUCAGUCCUGACUACAGCACCACGUAUCUCAGCCCUGUAGUGCCGGAUGUGCGCGUCCAUCGGUCCGCAUCGACGGGGGCUCGACGACGACGGGAGCCUGAGCGUACUCAGAGUCCCGCCGUCAUUGUCGACAUCAAGAACGAUUCCCGCAAUAAGAGUUCCAACAAGAACCGUCGACGACAGCAGAGCCAGAAAUACCAGGACAUCUACGUCAGUCCCUAUGACUCCCAGGACGAGACCGAGCUGCGGAAUCAUCGUCGUCCCCGGGCAAGCACGAGCAGCAUCUCGCGAGAGGCGUCGCCGCGACACCAACGCGAUUAUGAUAUGCUGAUCGAUCAACGUCUGCUGGAGAAAAACGAUGCCCGACAAGACCUUGAGCUUCAGAGACAGCAGCAAGAGAUCGAGCGUCUGGAGCGGGAGCUGGCACGCCACCGUGACCCACAUCAGGAAACCCGUCUUCUGAAGGAAGAGGAGGACUGGUAUGAGGAUGAGAUCAGCGAGCGGCUGAGGCGCCUCGAGCGGUUCGAGAAGAAACAGCGCAUGGAUGAGGAGCAACGGCAUGCCGAGCACCGCUAUAAACUGCGGAAGUUCGAGGAGGCGCAGCGCCGGGAGGCGGAGAAUGAAGAGGUCCAGGCGAAGCUGCGUCUGGAGAGGCUCAAGGAACUCCAGCGGAAGAUCGACGAGGAAGAUGAAAGGGAGCGGAUCAAGAAGCAGAUUCGGGACGAGGAAGCUAGACAAACUCUCGAGAAGCAGGAGAAGGAUCGCAAGGAAGCCAUGAUGAAGGCAGCUGCCAUCGAAGAGUGGAAAAGGAAUGAAGAACGCCGGAUCGCUGCCGAACGUGAGGAGAAGAAGAAGCGGGACGAAGAAUUCCGGACCCGAUUGAAAAUGGAAUUCGGCUACACGGAAGAAGAGAUCGAGGAAAUCCUCAACAAGAAGAAGAACCCGGAGAAAGAGAAGGGCAAAAAGGGCAAAGACAAGGAGAAAGAGAAGGACAAGGACGGAGAUAAGAGUGACCAUGAGAAAAAGGAUAAAGAGAAGGACGAGCAUCAACGGACAACUUGGAUCAAGGUUCAUCGCAAACAUCUUCUUCCGGAUACUCUGAUCGCAUACCGUCUGCCCUGGGACUGGGAUGAUCUCGAUAGCAACUAUAUCAUCAUCAAGCAAUGGAUCACCGAGGACUUCCAGGAGGAGCUCUUUGCACACACGCGGCGGUUGCGCGAGGGUAAACUCGUUACCCAGACCUCGAACACUCUGACGGAGUUGAAGGUUAAUGACCGGAAGAAAGACAAGAUGUAUCUUGUGCGAAAGAAGAGCCCUAGCCGGCGGGCUUGGAUAUUUACUUGA